CGUCGUACGUGACGUGCACACGCGAAUUAGACUCGCGUUGCGUUGCGUGUCAAAAACUGUGGCAUUCGGCGGUGUGUUGUGUAGGCCGUUUCUGCACAACAAACCCAGUGCUGGUUGCCGGGCCUGCCGCAGAACGGCCUCCGGAAACUGGCCUGCUAGCCAAACAGGCCCAGGACUCUCAUAGUGGAUCGUGCUGUACGCUGCGUCUCCGACAGCGACAGGUACGCUUUCAGUUCAGCGCCGUUCCGUUCGUGCCCAAACCCCAAAAGCCCCCCGGUGCCCAAGCCUCGCAAACGACCUCGCAGCAAUGGCGACCAGAGCGCUAUCCGUCUCCUCGCUCGCCUCCACGGCCUUCGCCUCCUUGCCGCGACCCGGCAGGCCCUCCUCACCAUCGCCUCCCCUCCUCCGCCUUGUCGCUCCUCGCCCCCGCGCCUCCUCUCUCUCCACCUCGGCCGCCGCCGCCGCCGCCGCACCGGACGACGAGGACGGCGUCGACACCGUGGAGCAGCUCCUGCACCCGCGCCCGCCCGCGGCCGGCUCCCGCGUCCGGAUCGACCGCCUCAUGAAGCUGCAGCGCCGCGCCGACGGCGACCCCGUGCCCGGGGCGGCAGGGCCCGGGGGACGGAGGAGGUGGUUCCCGUACCUGGACGCGUUCCGGCCCGCGGCGGCCGGGGCCGCGGAGCUGUCCAGCGGGGAGGUCAUCGAGGUGCUGGAGCCGCACAUCCUCGAGGCGCGGCGGGACCGGAUUCGGCGAGCCGUUGGCAACCGGAGCUACGCCGUUUGCCUUGUGGUGGAAGGCCUCUCCGACUUCGGCAACGUCUCGGCCGCGUUCCGCUCCGCCGACGCGCUCGGCGUGCAGUCCGUGCACGUCAUAUCCUGUGAUAGCAGCAAAAGGUAUAGAGACAACAGGCAUGUGAGCAUGGGUGCUGAGAAGUGGCUUGACAUUGAGAUAUGGAACUCACCUGCAGAAUGUUUCAGUGCAUUAAAAAAGCGUGGUUAUCGCAUUGCGACCACUUAUUUGGGAACUGAUUCGGUUUGUGUGUAUGACAUGGAUUGGUCUCAACCAACAGCUAUUGUUGUGGGCAAUGAGCUUAGGGGUAUAAGUGAUGAUGCCCUAGAGCUAUCAGAUUUGCACUGUAGUGUUCCAAUGAAAGGCAUGGUCGAUUCGUUUAAUGUAUCUGUUGCAGCUGGAAUCCUCAUGCACCAUGCUGUUUGUGAUAGAGUUUCCCGCCUGGGCCAUCACGGUGAUCUCUUACCUGAAGAAAAUAGAAUAUUGCUUGCUGAGUUCUAUCUGCGACAUAGAGAAAGCACGGCUACUAUAGUUCAUGAAUAUGCCAAAAGGAAGGCAGAAAAUUUUAUGGCCAGACUUUGAGAACAUCCUGAUGCCUACUAACGCAUAGUGUCAGCGAAGAAAUGUGUUUGGCAUUCAAGUGUUGGAUUAUCUGGUGCAUUUUUCUAACGAAAAACGAGGCUAUUUUUCUGGAGAGUACUGUUAGGCUACUUGGGUCUUCAAUUGAUCGAGACGAUGAUUCCCACCAGAUUGCUGGCAAGACUAGGACCCAAACCCAACAAUCGAGCAGAGUUGUCAACAGUUACUCAUACGGUUUUCAGUGACAUGGACUUUUGCUCCCAAUUCCCAAAUUAGACGUUAACUAUGUAUAAGUUUUUGUUAGGAUGGAAGCUUAAUAUGUUUCCACUUGUUUUUCACAAAUGUUGGCAAUGUUCCAAGCUCCAUGUCCAACUGACCGUUAGGACCGGAAGCUGGUACAACAGUAUUAUCAGUAUAACUAUUGUCCUCUGGAGGGCUGAGAACUUGAGAUGUUCUAUGUAUGAAGGUGCCGUGUAAAAGAGCUCCACUUUGUCCA